CGACAUCCUCGACAGCGAGCUGCUGCCGGCCACGGUGGCCGAGUGCCACCAGCUGAUCCAGGACACCCGCCAGGCGUUCUACUUCUUCCGGAGCGAGAGCCGCUCGUUGGAGGGCGCCCUGGAGGGGGCCCUGGAGGACGCGGACGCCCGGACCCAGCAGGCGGAGGACACCGUGCGAGACCUGACCGCGGCGCUGGUGGAGUUGCGCGGGCGCUCGCGCACCCGCGUCCUCGAGGUGGAGGACAUGUGGCGCGGGGCCGAAGCCGAGCGCGACCGGCUGCGCGACCGGGUGCGCGAGCUCGAGCAAUUGAACGACGACUUCGAGCGGUCGCAGCGUGUGGUUUCCGCGUCGCUGGCCGACCUGGAGGCCAGGUUCACGCAGAUCAUGGAGCACAAUGUCCUGCUGGAAAACGAGAAGAUCGAGCAGGCGGCCCUGAUCCAACACCUGCGCGAGGACUUGCGCGACACCAAGCAUGAGCUUCAGGUUUUGACGGCCAGCCGCGACCCGGGACCAUCGACGCCGGUCCGCUCGCCCGGCUCUCGGCGCCCGGCCCCCGGGGUGACUCCGCCGGCUGCUGGGACGCCGGCGGCCGCCAGCAUCCGCCUGGUGGCCAGCCCAGCGGGGCACCAUCCCCGAACGCCGGGCAGCAUCCGCCAGCCAGGAACCGCCGGGGCCGGGCCCGCGUCGCCGACGCCCGGGCGCCUGGCCCCGGGGCUUGCCCUGCUCAUUUCCCCGCCUGCGGUUGCCGAGCGCCUGCGAGAGUCGAACCUCAUUGCCACGGACGGGGUGGCCUCCGGCGCGGCCCUGGACCCGGGGCCCGGUUCGCCCAGCCGGCCGGCCGGGCUUGGCAAUGGCCCGCGCGCCGAGGCCGGCGCCCCGGCCGGGCCAGAGGCCCCUGCGCCGUCAUUGGAUCUCAUGCUGGCCCCCGGGUCGCCGGGGGUCAUCCGCCCCGACCGGACACACGUCAUGGCCCGCGUGCAUGCGCUCGAGGAACAGAUCCGCGCCUGCCGGGAGCUCUUCGCCGGGAUGUAUUCCUCGCUGGUGCCGGUUCCCUUCCCGGAGAUGGCGCCCGGCCGGCCUGCCGGCCAGCAGCCGGCGCCGGUGCCGACGUCGACGCCGCUCCUGGAGCCCGCCAAUGCCGGGCCCGAGGAGGAGAUGGAAUCCUACUGAGCCGAAUAGUGUGCCUUUUUGUGUGUCCGUGUGGUGCCUCCCGUGGACCAUGGCCCCUCCUGCCUUGUCCCCCUGGGCGGCACCAUGUUUCCCUCCUGGCCUCCCCC